AUGACAGAACACGAAAUGGCGAAUUCUGAUGCUGAUCCUAUCCAUAAAGAGGAGGAGCCGACUUCGAAAUGGGAGGCAUUUGAAAUGACCAAGAACUAUAAGGCUGACACGAACACGACGGAAGACGCCUUCAGCACUUUUGUUCAAUCAUGGAUAAACUUGAUAAAAGCUGCCAACAAAGAUAUUGGAAAGAUCCACUUGGAGAUUGGGCAAGAGCGCAUACUUGUGCGCUCUCCAACACCCGGAAAAUCUCUCGGUACUUUUGGUCACGUCAGAUUUAUGGACAAGCACCAGCACCUGGAACUGAGUGUACGGAUUCGACAGGGACAAGACUAUGACAAAGAUUUGGAUCUAAGCUUAAACUGGCAUUUUAAUGCUGCGGCUCUUCAUUUCCUACGAGAGGGGUACCAGGUAGAAGUUCUAGGACAAGUUGCCCACCAGAUUUAUGCAUUUGGGGGAAAGAACAAUCGACAUUUGGGGCGCUUCAAUCUCGAAAGACAAGACGUCGAGAUUAAAGAUCUCGAAAAGCAAGAUUCUGGCCACAGUUCAAAAAAGAAGAAAACAAUGGAGUUAAUGAUCAAACUCGGAAAAUUUAAGGCGACCGAGGGCGAAGAAGGCAACGCAGUCGAAGUAGGGAAAUUCGUUGGUUGGAUGGAACAUUUCUCUCGUCAGACUUGGGUCCAUGAAGCCUUAGAUAUUAACAUCAAGCAGUCGCCACCACCAGUAUCUCGUGGCUUUUCCGCCAAUACUCCAUCAAUCAGAGCGGCACCAACUAUACCUCGAGCACCACGCAAUGUGCCCAAUUUCGAAGCAGAUCAAGACUUCCCGGGGUCCUAUUACAAUUCUUACCCUCAGACGAACCGCAAUGCAAAUGGUACGAUGGGUUAUUGGCCUCAUAAUAAUGCUCAGUUUCAACAUUAUAAGCAUGCUUCUACAAGCAGUCAGCAAAGGCGAGCCCCCAACGAUGAAAUAAUACGUCCUGGAAGUUCAGCUUUCCGUCCGCGAGAUCAGACCCAUUCCCUUAUCCGCGAGAACGAGCCUUUUAUCCGCAGAAAUGAUCAUGUCAUUCGUGAGAACGAAGGAAAUCAUUAUAUGGGGGCAAUGAAUCAGCAGCGAUCACCGAUGGAUAACCUAUUGAAGGUGCUAGAAGUAAAGGAUAAAAGAAUCAAAGAAUUGGAAGAAGCCUUGGAAGGUAACAAGAAUAACAUUGAGCGGAACCAAAUAUUAGACACAGUUAUGAAGAAUCUCGAACAACGGAACCUGGAUUAUCGUCGUGCAAUGGACAAGGUGGCGUCGCAGCAUACCAAACUUGAUAAUGUCAAGGAAUCCUUGAAAAACACAGAGGGGAAAUUACAGCGAGCAGAGGCGGAGAUAUCACGCCUAUGUAGCACAGCACGUGAGCGCGAUGUCGAUGAACUGAAUCACAAACUUGACGAAUAUGAGAGGCGCCUACGUCUUAAAGACUCACAGCUAUCAAAGGUUGACUCUGAAGCCAAUGAAAAGCGACGUCUAGAGGAUCGAUUGCUCACAACGAAUAAGGAGACCGCUGGAUUGAAAAAGACGAUACAGGAUUAUGAAGAGCAAACAGCGCGCUUCACAAAAAAGUGUGAGACUCUUGAGCAGGAUCUCCAGCGAAUGACCGCCAACUUCGAGACUCGUACAAGGGCCUGUAACGAGUCCAGUGAGAUAAUUCUUCGAGAAAAACGGAUCGCAAAAGAUGCCGAGGCUCUGGUAAUUCAGCUUCGGGAUGAACUCAAAAGAGCGAAAUUCCAGAUCUCGACCAAGGACAAGGCCUUGCAAGCCGCGAACGCCGAGAUUCAAAAGCAGAAAAGACAACUUACAGAAGAAUUGGGGGAAAAAUCAAAACCACGAGAAAUUACACCCUCACGUGUUAAGACAGUGCCAAAUCAAGUGCGUGAGUUAUCGGAGCAGCUGCGACUGAGGGAUGAAGACCUGAAAGUCGCACACCAGCGCGCGUCGACAUUGGAGAUUUUGCGAGAUGGCGAUGCUGCAGAAGUCACUAUGCUGAAAGCGAAGAUUGACGAGCUGAAGUCAGCAGAAUCAAAGUGCAAGAAGGAAGCCAAGAAGUAUAAGGGUGACCUGAUUGCUAAGCAGAAGCAGUUGAAUCAUGCUCUGUCUCUUGUAGCAAGUUUCGGGACUGACGAGACAGUGUACGGCGAAAACAAGCAUGAUAGAAGUGAUGGGUCGGAUGAGGAUGGCGAGCAAACGCCCAAGAGAAUCAAGAAAGAGGGUCAGUCAAAUCUCGUCACCUUGGACUGA